CGCCUGCGUUGCUCAGAUAGGAAGAAAGAUGGAGAAGGGAAGUAUCUGUGCUCCGCUGCUAGCGGAGUCAGAUACUGAAAAUAACAUUAUUUCUACUCAUAACGUGGCUUCUGUAUCAGAUGCUGACACAGUAAUAAACACUAAUAAUACCAAUAGUUCACAGAUUGAAGGCAGUCUUUUGUUCAGAACGUUCUCUGAACAUUCAAAAAUGUUAAAGGAGCGUUCCCUGUUCCCAGCAGACUUGGGAGAAAGUGACCUGAAGGGUCUCUUCACAGACAGCCACUGCCAUGUGUGUGAGGCUUCUCUGCUGUUCGAGUCCCAGAGGAUCGCACACUACGAGGGAAAGAAGCAUGCUCAGAAAGUGAGACUCUACGUGCAGACCAAGAAAGAUGAGAAACGAAGUAAAGACUUCCAGAGAGGAAUCACUAUGGACAAGGACCGCUUCUGUGAGCUGUGCAGCAUGGUGUUCAGUUCUCCGGUGGUGGCCCGCUCCCACUACGACGGCAAGGUCCAUGCCAAGAACCUGAGAAAACAGGCCCUCUAUCCCACCACCCAGCCAGCAGACAUUCUCCCUCAAAGGGGCCCCGGGUUGGCCAUACCAGGCCCACUCCAGGCCUCUGGCAUUGACCAGGGAAUGGUCGAGGAGGGGGGGAAGGGACCCCAGAACACCUCAGAGACUGUGGACCUGAGUGACCCUAACAAGCAAUGCCGCCUGUGUGCCGCCUCCUUCAACAACCCCCACAUGGCCCAGCAGCACUACGCCGGCCGCAAGCACCAGAGGAACCACUCCCGCCAGCAGCUGCUCAAAGACCUAGGAGAGGACCCUGCACAAGCCAACUCCUUCACAUGUCCGGUGUGUAACAUUAAGCUUGACUCUGUGGAAAUGUACCACGCUCACAUGCAAGGAAACAAGCACCAGAUCAAAGAGAAGAAGGUUGUUGACCUAUGCAAGUCUCAGAAGAAGGUGUAUGAUUCGUUCGCAGAUGAAUUGGCCGACUACAUCCACGUGCAGAAGGCCCGUGGUAUAGCCCCAAAAACCAGCUUCGGGGCUACCGGGGAAGAGGAGGAGGAAGAGGGAGAAGGAGAAGCGAACCUCAGCAAGGUUGACGGCCAAAAUAAAACCACCUUGGGCCUUCCUCCUUCUUCCCGCCCUCCUCUUCCUCUCACCUCUCUUCCUCUGCAUCCUGCUGCUGCCUUUUAUCCUCCUCCACUUUGGUGCCCGCCCUAUCAGGCUCCUCCCACUCACUUUGGGUUCAAGGGAGGCACCUAUGAGCAAACGGCCUGGGGCCACACUUUCCCUCAGCCCUUCCCCCCAGGAUCUGCUCCGGCAGGCUUUAUUGGCUGGCCUAAAGCCAGGGGGAGGGACAAUGAAUGUUCAAGCUCCUCCUCUUCCUACACAAGCUCCUCCUCUUCCUACAGCAGCAGCAGUGACAGCAGUGACAGUGACUACAGGCACAGAGAGAGGAAGAGGAGGAAGAGGAAGAUGAGGAAGGAGAGAGGGAGGAGGGCGAGAGAGGAGGACUCAGAGGAGAGGAAGAGGAGGAGGAGGGGGAAGAGUCUAAGAGAUGAUGACACAGAAGGGAGAAGAGGAAGAGAGCAUGACGAAGAAGCGGAGGAAGAGAGUAAGAGGAAGAGAAAAAGACUGCACUAUAGUAGCAGGAGUCACAGGGAGGGACACAGAGCAAAGAAACGCCGGGAAGAGGAUGAAGAAAAAGAAGGAAGGAAGGAGGAGAAAGAAGAGAGUACAGAGGAAAGGGUGGGAAGAGGAGAGGAGAAGGAGGUGCAUAUUCAGGCUGAGAUUCAGGAAGAGAUAGAAGAGAGGGAGCAGGCCAAGGAGACCAAGGCCAAACACAGGAAAGACAAGAAGAAGACCAAGGAGAAAGUGGACACCAGGACAGAGGAGGAAAAGCUAUGGGAUGAGUCCAUCAUAGGCUUGUGAUGCAGAGAACCUCCUGGAACCCACCAUCUGAAGGCUAAAGCCAGGAACAUACUCAAUGCAAAUAUGUCUAGUGACAUGAUAAAAAGUAUACAGUUGGUGAACAUGAACAAAAGCAACCAAGUUCUACGUGCUUCCCGAACUUUGUUAAGCAUAGGCUCACGUGAAGAAAUGUUACCGAUCCAUUUGGCAUCACAAUUUGCAGCAAACAAGCUCCCAUGUUCUUGUUUUUUUAGGUUCACCAACUGUCAGCUCUUGAUGAUGUCACUAGACGUCUUAACGCGUUAAGUAUGUUCCAAGUUUUACAGCUGUCAAGCCGGACAUUACAGACGUCAACAACGACAACAGCAUUGGCUUACGACGACUGACGUUACACAGUCAUGACACAAGCAGUAGUGUAGUAAUGCUAGCUGGCUAGCCAUAUGCUUAGUGUAAAAUAAGGGUUUGUGUCAUGAAUGUAAUAUAGUUUAUUCACAUCAGCUGCCAUGACUGUUUAUUACGUCUGCUGUAACGUGCUUCUGACAGCGAGAUGAUGGGUGUACAAGAAAUAUGUCAUGUUGUCGGCAACCUCGACACGCAACUCUAUUGCACAUCCAUUUUGAAGUAACAGCACACUUCACGGCGCAAAAUAAUAUAAUGUUGCAAUGACAUUAAAGGCCCAGUGCAGUCAAAAA